AUGUCUAAGAGCUGUGUAAUCUGCGGGACUGAGGAGAGCGAAGGCGAGCUGCUUCUCGAAGCACCCUGCGGUCGCCAUUGGGUCUGCCCUGACGAUGUCGGAAGCUUUUUUGAGAAUGCGACCAACAACGAGAGCCUUUUCCCGCCACAGUGCUGCGAAACAAUGUUCAUGCUGGAAGAUUACGAGGACUAUAUAUCGUUCGAGAUUGCGUGGGCGUAUCAGAUGAAGCAGCAGGGCGAGUAUUCAAUUCUGGCAAAAUUUCGUGUCUAUUGCGCAAACCCAGCCUGCGGAAAGUUCUUACACCCCGAAUCGCACGUGGAGGACCAAGAGACCAAGAUUACCUACGCCAUCUGCGAUUCUGAAGAAUGCGGUAAGCUGACUUGCGCAAAAUGCAAAGCCUUGCUCGUAGACGGUACCCAAAACCAUGAGUGCAAACAAACCGAGGACGAGAAAAAGUUCAGGCAGACAGCCAAUGAGAAAGGUUAUCAAGAGUGCUUUGUAUGUGGCGCGACUGUAGAGUUGGCUGAGGCAUGCAAUCACAUCACUUGUGAGUGCGGUAGCUCGUUCUGCUAUAUCUGCGGCAAGGAUUGGCCCGGUCUCCACGGCUGCCCGCACUACGGUCCCGCCGUCUACGAUGAAGAAGGAUACAACCAGGACGGUUACCAUCGAGAAAGUGGUCUCAACCGACAGGGUCUUACUCGCCGUCAAGAUAUGAUUCGUCGUCGUGAAGAAGACGAGGAAGACGACGAUGAAGAAGGCGAAGACGAAGAUAAUGAGGAUGAAGAUCCUGAGUGGGAAGUCCUGCAACAUCUGACACCCGACCAGCGCGCUUUGGUCAACCAGCUUCCUCACGGGCCUCGCGAAGACGCUCUAGAUCAGUUCCGCAUCACGUUGUUCGAAACCCAAGGUAUCACGUUCGACCAGUUUGCCCACCCUCCUCCACCUCCACUACAGGAAGACUUUGGCGAUGAUGGUGACGCUUGGGAGGACAAUGAUGAUGAAGGCUCCGAAAAUGACCAGCGCGACGAUCGGGAACUCACAGGCGGCCGGCCUAAUGAAAUCGAUGGGGAGGUACCUAUCAUUGCUAAUGAAGCAGCUCAGAUUGGUACGAUAGAUGGUGCUGAAAUCGACGACGGUGCAGUGCCUGUGGUCUACCAUUCCGACGAUGAGAGCCACGCCAACUUUUUGGAAAAUCAACAAGGCGAUCAUGCAGACAUCAAAGAAGAAGGCAUUCAGGAAACUACACUGACAGACGACCAAUCUGGAGUUUCCGGCUUCGAUACUGCUACCCCAUCAGCACAUCGCAACGGCGAGAGAACAGAUCAACGUGCAGAACCCGUACUGGCAGCGAAUUCUUUCAGCCAGGACCAGCAGGUACCUGGCAGCCGUACAGUCCCGUUGAUCACAGGCAUCGAUACCGAUACCCGCCGACAGCCCGCUAGCUUCUCCACAGACGGACCACACACAAUUGUCGCUCGUGGUUUCAUCUCUGGCACCACGAUUGAGGACGUAGAAACCAUCAUGCGCCCUCACAGCGAUCAUGACAUACUCGGAAGGACUGUUCGGAGCAGCGAUCCGCUGGUUGUCGAACUGCAAUUUGCUAUGAAGGAUGAUGCGGAAAGGGUCAUUGCCGCGUUCCAUGCACAGAAAGGGGACGGUCAGGUGUUGGAUGUGAGGUUUGAAGAUGAAGAUCUGUAG